AUGGAGUGCAACAAGGAUGAGGCUCUGAGGGCAAAAGAAAUUGCUGAGAAUAAAUUGCAGACUGGCGACUUUGCAGGGGCACUGAAGUUUGCUUCGAAAGCUCGGCAACUGUUUCCUGAUACCCAGAACAUCACUCAGAUCAUUACUAUUUGUGAGGUUCACUCUGCUGCACAGAACAAACUCUUUACGUCUGAUAUGGACUGGUAUGGAAUUCUUCUAACUGAAAAAUUUGCUGAAGAAGCAACGAUAAAGAAACAGUAUAGAAAACUCGCGCUGCUACUUCAUCCUGAUAAAAAUAAAUCUGCUGGGGCAGAGGCUGCUUUCAAGUUGAUUGUGGAAGCUAACAGAGUAUUGAGUGACCCAGCAAAGCGUUCUUUAUAUAACAUGAAGGUUAGCCGCCUUGCUGGAAUUAAAGCACCUCAGGCUUCGUCCCAUCACCAUAAUAGUUUUCAUUCACAGUUCCGUACUCAAAAUUCGAAUUUGAAUCAGAAGGAGACAUUUUGGACAUCAUGCCAACAUUGUAAUACUAAGUACGAGUACUACAAAAACAUUAUAAAUGCUACCUUGCAUUGUCGACAAUGUUUUAAACUCUUCAAAGCUCAUGAUAUAGGGUCACCGGUUGCACCGUCAGGACAUACAUCAUCAUUUUACAGACAAAAAGAUACUCCAAAUCAGGUGCCACCAAAAGAAGCAUCACAAAGUAAUGGUGGAAAACCUUAUGGUAAAGGACCGGAGGACAAGUUUGUGCCCUCUCGUCCUGUAUCAACAAAACGUGGGGCUGGAGACGGGGUCUCUAGUAAAUUUCAGAAGAGUAAAGAUGGCCAUGGGGCCUCUUGUAAGGUUCCGAAGAGUAAAGAUGGCCAUGGUACUGCAGGGGUGACAAAGGCUGCUGCUGGAACUUCCAACCAUGCUACAUCUAAGGCCAAGCAAUCACGAACCCAAGCAAAUGUUGGAAAUAAGAGAGCAAGGCAGUCAGCAUCAGCAGAUUCAGUGAAUGGAAAUGGCAGGAAAGUUAGCAAUGUUCAAGAAAAGGGUGUUGAUCCAACUAGUUUCACUGCUGAUGUGGCUGGUCAGAAUGGAGAGACGAGAAACAAAACAAACGGCCAACCUGAAAAAACAGCUUUAAGGAAAAAAGCGAAAGUUGAGCAAUUGAAUCCAAAAAGAAAGGAGACAUCCAAGCCCAAUAUUAUAUUCUGUCCUGAUCCAGAAUUCAGUGAUUUUGAUAAGGUUAGGAUAGAGGAUUGUUUUGCUGCUGAUCAAUACUGGGCUAUUUAUGAUGAUACUGAUUCUAUGCCAAGAUUCUAUGCUCGCAUCAAGAAGGUACACUCCCCUUUCAAACUGGAAUAUACUUGGCUGGAACCAAAUCCAGAUCUCAAUGAUGAGAUUGAAUGGCAUGAUGCAAAUUUGCCUAUUGCUUGCGGUAAGUACAGACUUGGAAGUACUCAGAUAACUAAAGAUAUUGUUAUGUUCUCUCACAAGGUGCAUUGUGUAAAAGGGAGUGCUAGAGGUUCUUAUCUAGUAUAUCCCAUGAAGGGAGAAACUUGGGCAAUUUUCAGACAUUGGGAUAUAGGAUGGGGUUCUAAACCUGAAAAGAAUGCAGAAUAUCAAUUUGAAUUUGUCGAAGUCCUUUCUGAUUUUGAUGAGAAAGAUGGUGUUAAAGUUACUUAUCUGAGCAAAGUGAAAGGGUUUGUUUGUCUCUUUCAGCAAACUGUGCAGAAUGGAGUUGGAUUAUUUUGUGUUCCACCUAAUGAGUUGUAUAGAUUUUCACACCGAGUUCCUUCGUUUAUGAUGUCUGGUGAUGAAAGGAAAGAUGUUCCAAAAGGAUCAUUUGAACUUGACCCUGCUGGCUUGCCUAAGAGUAUUUUUCAGGUUCAAGUUGGCGAUCCAGGCGAUGUGAUGGAGGAUGGAAGGUUAAACAAUGGAGUCAGAUCUUGCCAGGAAUCAUCCAAGUGUAAAGUUGAUCAGGCAAAGUGUAACGAGAGUAUUCCCAAAGCAAAAUUGCAAGAAAGUGGUGGUCCACCUAUCAAUAAAAAACCGCCAAGGUCAAACGCAGAAAAUAUGGGCAAUGGUCAUACAAGUACUAGUCAACAUAAGGUCAGAGAACACAAGAAGUACACAAGCCACAGGGACUACAGUCAACCAGAGGGAAGUGAAGCUGCUGCAAGCCAGACCAAACCGCAGAAACCCAACAAGAGAAAUUAUCAUGUGGAGACAUCGACAGUUCGAAGGUCACCAAGAGAUUUAAGCAAGAAAAAUGAUGCAGGAGGUGCUGGUGAAUGUGCCACUAGCAAGUUGGCUGAUAAUCAUUCCAACACUAACAGUAACAUUAAGGAAACUCAGUCGGUGGGAAAUGAUCACACGUGUUUGGAAAAAGAUUCCGGAGUUGUGGGAGUGCGUCAUGACUUUAAUAAGGAAAAAUCUAGGGAGAUGUUUCAGUGUGGUCAGAUAUGGGCGAUAUACGGUGAUAGGGAUAAUAUGCCUGAUGUUUAUGUUCAAAUCAAGAAGAUUGAAUCCACCUCUAAUUUUAGGUUGCAUGUAUCCGAACUUGAACCCUGCUCGCCACCAGAAGGUUUCAAGCGAGCAAUAUCCUGUGGCUCCUUCAAAAUCAAAAAAGCCAAACCACAAAUUCUUUCUCCCUCAGCAUUCUCUCAUCAACUAAAAGUUGAACCCAUGGAAAAUAGUAUAUAUGAAAUUUACCCUAAAAAAGGUGAGAUUUGGGCUCUAUACAAGGACCAGAAUUCUGAACUUACUUCUUCAGACCAGGACAGAGGCAGACGGGAAUGUCAUAUAGUAGAAGUAUUAGCAGAUAGUGACAAGAGUGUAGAAGUUGUUAUUCUGUUGCGUUUUAGCGGGUCUCAGCCAAUUUUCAAGGCUCCUAUUACGCGGCGAUCUAAGGCCGGUGUAAUUGAAAUAUUAAGAGAAGAGGUUGGUAGAUUUUCACAUCAGGUUCCUGCUUUUCAGCAUAGUGGAGAAGACGAUCUUCAUCUCAGAGGGUGUUGGGUGGCCGAUCCGUCUUCAAUUCCUGGUUUUGCAGUAUAG